AUUCUCUCCAUCUCUUUCUUUCACUGUCAACUGUCAAAGUUUCUCUCUCUCUCUCUAUUGUUGAAGUUCAUAAGCUUUUGUAUCAAUGGCUGAAGUCCGUGACCGCAACCUGCCUCACCAAGUUCAAGUUCACCCACAGUACCGUUUCGACAAUACAACCGGAGGCGGUUACGGUGCAAAGAACUAUCACAGUGGACCAUCAACAAGCCAAGUUCUAGCAGUCCUUACACUUCUCCCCAUUGGUGGUACACUGCUUGCAUUAGCCGGGUUAACACUGGCCGGCACCGUCAUUGGGCUGAUGCUAGCCACACCGCUGUUCAUCAUCUUCAGCCCAGUUCUUGUCCCAGCUGCCAUUGCCAUUGCCAUGGCAGUGACGGGGUUCUUGUCGUCGGGGGCGUUUGGGUUAACAGGGUUGUCGUCGUUGAGUUACGUGCUUAACCGGCUGAGGUAUGCAACAGGGACGGAGCAGCUAGAUUUAGACCAUGCAAAGAGACGGGUACAGGACAUGGCAGAGUAUGUGGGGCAAAAGACAAAGGAAGUUGGGCAGAAGAUUGAGAACAAGGCACAUGAAGGUCAAGUUGGAAGGACUUGAAGAUGAUAACAGGGCUUUUGGGAAUAAAAAAAGAAUGUAGGUUUUUGUUUUUGUUUUUUUUUUUUUUGGGGGUUGUAUUAUGUUGUUAGUGUGCAUGUGUGGUUAAGUGAAUGAUGUGGGUUUUGCUUCAAUUCCAUUUCCAUGUAUGUUUCCUUUUUAUGUCUUAAUCACGCUUGUUUUUUUACUCUAAAUAAAAUAUACUCUACUUUUUUAGGAAA